AGUUGUCCGGCAGGUGGGGUGAAUCUCAAUUUGCCUAGAAAAACGCGCAUGCGUGUCUACUGUUAUUUCACAAAUAUGUCUGCCUCCUGUCUGACAGCACUGAGGGCAUCUCUGACAGGUUUGCACGGUGGUUCUUCUCGGUGGUUCAUCACGCCGGGUAGUCUGACGCCGACAGUGCGCCACCGUUUGCGGCUUUAUGUCUCCCCCACCGCCGGGUUGUACAGCUCCAGGACCGAACCGACACAAAGCUCCGAGGCGGCCGACAGAGGUGCGGGAAGACCCGGGCAGGAGGAGCCAGACGGUCCCGAGUAUAUCCCCAGGAGGAAGGCCAAGAACCCUAUGAUGAAGAUUGGCUAUGCUUGGAUGAUCGGACUCCCCGCGGGAAUAAUCGGCUUCAUUUUGGCCAAGAGACAAGUGGACAAAAACCGCCUGAAACAGCUGAAGAUCAGACAGAGGAUGAAACGAUCCAAUGAAGGCGAAUAUGAGAGGAGUCGAUAUCGCCAACACACAAAACUGGACCAGUGACACAUUCCUCUGUAUCACAUCCCGGGGAACACUUGGACUACUGUUUAUAAAGCCCCAUUAUAUCUGAGAUAUUUCUACAAUUAAAAAGCUUUGUUAAAAGAAUCACAAGACGCCUCAGAAAGGAAACUAUUUAUUUCAUAUGAAAAUGCAAACAUUGUGUUCAGGAAUGAUGCAUAUUUACACCCUAUUAUCUACACCAACUACAUGGGCUGAAUAUAACAUGCUGAAUAUUUGACACUGUUGCUUUAAUAAAGGAGAACAUGUAA